UGGGCGGGGCGGCCGCGGCUGCUCCGGGCAUGCUCCGCCGCGGCGGUUGUUAGCGGGGCGCGUAGGGCUGGUCCCCGGCCGGCCCGAGAGGCGGCGGCGGCGGCGCGGGCAGCAUGAGGGAGCCGCUUGGGCCCGCUGACUUCAGGAAUGCUGAGGGACACACUUGCUAAGGCACGCAGCCCAGGGGGGCUAGGGUGCAUUCUGUCAUCACAACGGUCCCAGCGCCAAGGCUUUGAUGAGGCCAGUGCACUAUGUACAGUGUAGAAGACCUCCUGAUCUCUCAUGGAUACAAACUGUCAAGAAAUAUCCCAGCACGACGCGAAGGUAAUGAUGAGGGGCGCCGGCAAGCGAGGACAGGAGCAAGGGUCAGCCAUGGCCUGCUGAAUGGGUGUGAGGAGGGCCCUGCAGCCUUGGCCCCCAGAGAGACGUGUGGAGGCGAAGGGCAUACGAGCGACCCAGCACACAGCCGCCAUGCACCCAGAGUCCCUGGGGAGCCUCAGGGUGCUCCAGCUUGCAGGACUUCCCAGGCAGGGUUUUAUCAUCACCCUGUGCUAGCGUGGUCCUCUCAGCCCCAGACCGGCCACAGCCACGCCUACUGGAGAAGAAGAGGACAAGAGAGCAGUGGCUUGCUGGGUCUGAGGGCCCGAGAAGACCCUGAAGUCAGAGGCAUGGCCCAAGCUCACAGCCUGCCCAUGCACACGAGGGAGGGUCCAUGGGAAGUUGGAGGAAGGACAGAGAAUGUGACAAAGAAGGCUGUUUGGGAAGAAGAGCUGAGAAUGUCAGGUCCUGCCAGGUGGCAGAAUGUAAGCCUGGAGAGUUGGAACCAGCCGAGGAAACUAGGCAGGCAGAUGUCUGAUGGUGAUAGAGAGAAACUGUUCCAGGAUCUGUACCCAUUCAUGCAAGGAGAGCAGAUGUUGAAUUCCCAGAGCAAAGGGAAGUCCCAGUCGCUGCCCAGAGUUCUUUCCCCUGAGAGCCUGAGUUGCAUGGAAGUUCCCAUUUCACUAAAUGAUGGACAUCUACCAGGUGUUCCCCAAAUGCCAUUUUAUCCUUCAAACUGUGCACCAAAUUUGGAACCUCCAAGGAACUCUGAGAAAGGUGGCUCCUCAAUCCCUCUAGCCCGGCCUAAGUUUGGGAGACCCCUCAAGCCUCCAUCUUAUGGCUCCUGCCAGCAGCCCAGGGGCGGGGCAGAGAGCAGUGACUACCUGGACAGUCAGCAGACAGACCUAUGUGUUUCCCACUUGAGCAGAGUUCACGACUCCAGACAGGAGCUUUGUGUGUAUGACUCGGGUUUGGAACCUCCAGUGUACGUGCCCCCACCGUCAUACAGGUCGCCUCCCCAGCAUGUCCCAAACCCUUACAAGGAGGAUGCUAUGCCUGAGCAGGUGUGUGGUGGGCGCCACCAGCAGCAGCAUCCAGUGGAGAAGGUUGGGACCAGUGGCCAGCUUCCUCCUGGCACCCCAUGGCCCGGGAAUGAGUGUGGUGUGGGCCCACGCUCUCCCCAUGGGCCCCCUCUACAGUCCCAUCCCACCACAGCUUACGACAGCUCUGUUCUUUAUAUUCCCUUUGAUGACCCGCGGAUACGACAUAUUAAACUAAGCCACCCCCAGGGCUUCUGUGAAGAAACGGUUGAUGAUAAGCCAUACAACUCUGGUCUGGUCCCUGCGCCAGGGCCAGCUCAGGGAAACACUCACCAGGAUGGUGCUAUUUUGAAUCCAGAGGGUAUGACGACACCCCAACCAGGGACUGCGGGAGGCCCUGCCUCUGCAGAUCCCAGCCCCCAGUGGCUGGGGGGCCAGUUCCCCAGUGAUGGAGAAAAUGGUGGCUUUCCUGACCCAAGAGACCAUGGUGUCUUGAGAGGACAGCAGCCUGAUGUGAGAGGUGGCCGGCGUGGACUCACAGAGGCCCCCGCCCCCUCCCAGAGCCCACAGGGUGAGAGUACCUGUGCAACUCAACCCAAGCUCAAAAAGUUUGAAACUGGGCUGCAGACCAAGAAAAGUUCAAAGAAAAAAAUGAAUGAGACCAUAUUUUGUUUGGUUUCCAUCCCAGUUAAAUCCAAAUCACAUCUGCCAGAUAUAGAUACAAACAACAAUGACUUAAAACAGAGUGCUGAUAAAAGGAAUGGACUUGAUAAGAAAGCGGCUUUGCAAGAACAGAGUCUGCUGAGCAUGUCUUCUACUGACCUGGAGCUGCAAGCUCUCACAGGAAGCAUGGCCGGGAGAACAGAGUUCCAAAAACAAGUGGGAGAGCCAGGAGACAAACAAACAAAUGACCUCAGACUCAUUCAUCUUGUGAAACACCCAGAACUCACGUAUUCUGACUUGUGGCCAGGGCACCAGUGCAGAGACCAGCAAACACAGACCAGUUUCACUGAGGAACCCAGAAGUGCACAGCCCCUCCCAGGUGAGAAGCUGGCAGGGUCACGUAAUGCAGUGCUGACUCCAGGACUUUCAGACCCCCCUGCCUCUGAAGCUCAGAUGCCUGUGGCAAUAGCUUCCAGUGACCCAGACUGGAGACUGAAUGCUCAUCACCUACAAGGGCAAAAAGCCCUCAGCCCAUCCAGCAACAGUGCUUUCUCCAGGACUUCUUCAUCUAUAAACCAGGCAUCUGUGCCAAAAGCCCAGUGUCAGCCCUGCGUGGAUGGCCGGGUACGUGGUGCCAGCCCGGUGCCCAGGGGCGAGGUGGUGAAGGGGGAGACCACAGGCCCAUGCAAUAGCAAACAGCUGUUUGGUCAGUUUCUUUUGAAGCCAGUCAGCCGUCGGCCCUGGGACCUGAUAAGCCAGUUAGAAAGUUUUAACAAGGAGCUUCAGGAAGAGGAGGAAAGCAGUGAGAGCGACGGCGGUAGCGGGGACAGUGAGGCAGAGGGGCCGCGGGGCGGCCCUGACUCCACGCCCAGGAAUCUGGGCUCUGUGGAAGGUGGCCAGGACAUGAGGGGGCGGGGACCAGACCCCACACUGUGGUCAGGAAGAGUUAAGAGUAAGUCCGAGAGCUGGAGUGAGGAGCAGAAGCCUGACCACCCAUGCGCCCGUGCCCAGCCCCCAGGCCCCCUGCAGGCGGAAGAUAGCAGAAGGGGCACAUUGCUGUCAGCAAAUGGGAGCUUGAUUAUAGAGAAGGGAAACCAGGCCGUGGAAAAGAAGAUAAAGGAGCCAGUAGUCAGUCCAGGUCCUACAAAAAGAAUGACGUCUUCCAGGCUAAAUGACACAGAACCAAUGUCCCCUUCCAAUUCCGCUGAACUGAGGGAGCCCCAGGAGAGGCAGGGGCUUCCCAGUGUUUUCAAUUCUGUGGAGCUGAGCAAAGCGAGCCCCCCAAGGGCUGGCCAUGGGGAGGACAGGAGCACUGUGGCCACACUCUUCCUUGCUAGCAAACCCCGGGGACUCUCGGCCCCAGACUUGAGGUCUGUGGGGCUGACACUGGUGCAAGAGCAGAGUGCUAGUAAAUCACACAGGUCUCUAGGUGAAGCCAGUGCAGUAGAAAUCCCCCCAAACGAGUCCCUUCAAGAGAGGGCUGCGAGGAUCCUGGGCAUAGAGGUGGCCGUGGAGUCCCUGCUGCCAGGUGUCAGGAGAUCGGGACAGACCCAGCACCCUGAACCUGAAGGAGGUGCCGGCAGGCCCCAGUCCCCAAGGGAGGAGUCACUGUCCAGCUCCGCACAGCCAGACGGCCCUGCAGUGUCCACUGAUUCCUUUUAUGGCAGGAGGAGGUGUGGCUGGACCGAAAGCCCUCUCUUUGUAGGGGAAAGGGAUAGUACUCGCUGGGCUCCUCCAGAUCCUGAGCGUUGCACUGUGGCUGGGGCCGUCCCCAGCAAGGCCCCCAGUGCCCAGCCACAGCCUGGCCCCCAGGAAUCCACGUCCUUGGACCACAAGGACAUGGGGACAAGACCUCCCUUCAGGUCCACUUUGUUCCAUUUCAUAGAAAAGACCCCAAGUGUGGCGGGCUCAGAAAAGAGGCUCAGAAGCACCUCCAAAGUGAUUGAGAGUUUACAGGAGAAAUUGGCCUCACCUCCAAGGAGAGCAGACCCCCACCGCUUGAUGAGGAUGAAGGAGGUGAGUUCAGUGUCUCGGAUGAGACUCCUGAGCUCCCGCAGCCCUGACUCCGUGGAGGAGGCUGGGGAACCUAAGGCCGAGAGGGUCUCCGGGAUGCAGCCUGGAGGCCUGGUGCCUCUGAAUGCCCAGGACCCAGCACAGAAGGCUGGGUUCUUACUCUCUAUCUCCAAGGGCAUCCUAUCGCUGGAAGAAAAUGGACAUCUGGCAGCAGAAAGAGAGAAGAACACCUAUCAGGACUUCUGGUGCCCAGAUUCCUAUGACCCUAGCAGGGUGGAAAGGGUGUGAUGGAUGCCAGUGGCCUGUGGGUCACUGUAGUUUGCUGAUUGAAGUUGUCUGACUUACCUGUCAGCCCAGCUUGUUUGUGCAUAAGCUGGACAUGGUGACUUUGACUGUACUGUUCCAUUCUUCACCACUGCCACCAGGAAGCUUGCCAUCCACACGGAAUCACUUUAUGGAAAUAAAGCAUUAAUUCAUUGAAACCACCUGUUUUUAUAGCAUGACAAAUUAAUAUCUAUAUUUAGAAAAGAGUCACAUAGACUCUCCUUAAUGAUUCAUUUAGCCAAGCUGGUAGAUAGUUUGACAUUAAUGUGGUUCUAUGUGAAAAUGCAAGUGUAGAUGAUAUGGUGGGUGAUUUUGAAAGGACUGUGAAUGUUGCCAUUUCUGCUUUGCAUCUCCGUGGCCUGCAACCCACACUCGUGUUAAGGAGUUUGGGACAGGACCAUUACCUAGUGUUUCAGCACUUUGAGUUUAGGGCAAUUGUGAAUGAAUAUAUAUAAUCCAUUUCUAAUCAGUUUGGUCUUCUGCUGCUGGAAGUCACUUUAGUUAUAAGUAACUUGCCAUCAGAGAAUAAAAGCAAUAUCUUUUAAGUUCCUAAAAGAUUAAAACUUGUACUAUAAUGUACUAAGAGUAUUAUUGAUCUGGCAAUGAAAUACUUUGUUUGCAAACAUGCCAUUGUCUGCUUUGCACUCAAUAUUAUCUAUUUUUUUUUCUUCAUGGAUGUUUAGAAAGUCUUUAUAUGAAAAAUAAUUGCUGGUUUAAAAUAGACUAUUUUAACAAAGUAACUAUAUUUCUUUUUACAAAAAUGCUAUUUUUCUAUGAUGUAAACAAUUGUUAGGUGGCAGAUUUUUAAGGACAUAUUAUUUUAUUUAAGAGCCUAUAUCCCUUUGUGUGAGAGGAACCCCCAAAGAGGGUUCACUUUUGCUUUAAUGCAUACAUCCCUUACCCAUUCACAAUUCUGCUACUCUUUUUCUUAGCAAUGUCAAUAUAGACAUUUCACAGAAUUAAUACAGUAAUCUUUUAAUGGAGAUUUUUUUACAAAUGUAGCUGUAAAGUUAUAUUUGAAAAUAUCCCUCUCAAAACCAGCCAACAUCUCAACAGCUCUUUUUUCUGCCAUAUCCACUAGAAUUACCAAAAAACAUAGUUUCAUCUUUAUAUGUCUGUGGGGAUCUGCCCUGAGACCAUAGUUCCUCACCCUGCCCCUUGCCCCUUUAAGAAAUAGGUAUUUUUAUCUAGAAUGUUCCUUAAUUAGUCUCUGCAUAUUUUUAAAAAGUGCUAGACGCAUUAUAUAUAUGCCAUUACGAAAGUAUUAUGAGGCCUAUGUAUUCUACUGUUUACUGUUGCAUUAAUCUGCACAAAGUUUAAGCAUUUUUAUGCAUUUUACCCAUCUAAGUUAAGGUUUUCUUCUAAGCUAACAUUUCCUGAGCAGUUUCUUGUCUUCUUCCUUCCUCCUUUUUUCCUUUUUUCUCUCUCUCUUUUUCUUCUUUCUUUCUCUCAUUCUUUCUUUUAUUUUUUGAGAAACCACCUUAUCUAUUUUAAGACGUUUCAAAUUCCUAAAAUGUGAACUGUUGGGUGGUCUGAAAUUUGGCCCUGAAACAGCUCUGACUGGGCUUUCAUGGCCGGUUUUUAUCUGUACCAUAUGAUUUUAUUUCAUAAGAACUUCAUGCAUUUGGACUCUAAUAAACAACACAGAAUCUAAGUAAUUCUGAAAAGUCUUUUCAAAUACACUGAUUAGCAGCCUUGGCUCUUACCUAUCGCUUAUAGUCACUUCUGUCCAAAUUUUGGCCCUCACGAGAUGUUGUAGUAGGGCUCUCGUUCUCGUGACCCAGUGAGAUGGGCCAAGGCUCUGCUAGGAAUGGCUAAAACUGUUUUUCCCAGGAAAACUAGCGGGAAGGAGGGUGACCAGUCUGUUAGCCAGCGAAUCACACAGUCAUGUGUAGAGCUAAAUGAGGGAGCUCCCUGACAGUCUCUGUGGCACAUGCUUUGCUCUUUAAAUGCAAAUGGGAUGGGAUCCACAUGUAUACAUACACAUAUUUACACAUAUGCAUAUAGACACAUAUACACACAUAUAUAAAAUAUAAAUAUACAUAUAAAUAAAUAUACAUACAUAAAAACUCUGUGCUCACUUCCUCUUGCAUUUUGUUGGUUCAUCUAAAGACUAUUUUUAAUGAAAAGAAUUAAAUUUUAACUUUCUUCUCAAGAGAACAAAAAGGAUCCUAAAGAGAAAAAGUUAUUAUAUCUUAAAUAUAUCACAAACAACCCAAAAUAUGAUACUAUUCUGCUUUAUUUUAUUUAAAUUGUUGUAUCAUAUCUUUGUGAAACCAUUCUGAACUUCAUUGAAAUUAUCAAUAUUUAUACUUGCCAUCUCAAUUUCUGGAAUCCAGCCUGUAUGUUAAUCUUUUGGUGGAGCAGUUGGAAGAAGUAACUUUGAACAUUAGACUUUUAAACUUGCAUAUUCUGUGGUAAAUAAUACAGUCUGUAAUUAAAAAUAGCUUUCCCAGAGGUUUCGAACUUAAUGCUAAUUAUCCUUUUAUUAUUUCUACUUCUCAUACAUAACUCUUUGUUAUUUGUAACUAGAAAAGUAGUUUUCCUAUUUUGUGUUUACCAUUGUUUUUUCAUACGUAUGACCUACUGUUGGUAGUAAUUUGGGGCUUAUCAAAUUAAAAGCUCUGAUUUUCACCUUUUGUGCUAAAAAUUAUAUGAGGAAUUACAUAUGA